AUGUCUUCUGACAAAGUUGACUGGUUACAAAGCCAAAGUGGAGUAUGCAAAGUAGAUGUUUAUACUCCCGGAGAAGGCCAACCCCAAGACUGGAAAAUGUCUGACGAGUCCUUGUCUGCCUUUAAGGAAGCCUCAAAUGAUCCCGUCAGAGUUCUGAGUUGGCUCCGAAAAGACCUAGAAAAGUGUACAUCAGGAUUCCACGAUAUGAAACCACCAAGUGGGGAAAUGGCAAACAGAGGCGAGCAUUCAGGAGAGAGUCGUAGUGGGUUCACUGUAGACUAUUACAAUAAUCCUGGAACUGGAGGCAGAAGCACCCCAGGCAAAAUGCAUCUUGAAAUGUGUCACACCGAAAAUUCUUCUAGAGGUUCUAGUGCCUGGACUGGUGGUAGUAAUGAGAGUACAGUAGAUGAAGUCUCUUUCUAUGCCAACCGGCUCACCAACCUGGUCAUUGCCAUGGCACGCAAGGAAAUCAAUGAGAAAAUUGAUGGCUCUGAGAAUAAGUGCAUCCACCAAUCAGUCUAUAUGGGUGAAGAACCACCUUCACCCAAUAGAACCUUGAGUAAGGUGGCAUCAGAACUGGUGAAUGAGACUGUCUCCUUGUGUGCCAAAGAAACCCCAGACAAGGCUCCUGGCUCUGGAGAUAGAGCAACACCCUCCUCACGGAGUCCCCCAAAUGUGAAAUAUAAGAGCACACUGAAAUUUAAAGAAACAAAAGAAUGCAAGGCAGAUGACAAGCCUAAAAAGUCAUUCUUCUACAAGGAAGUGUUUGAAUCCCGUAAUGCGGGUGAUGGUGGGAGGAAAGUAUUUGGGGCAGAACCCAGGAGAGAUGACUUUACAGCCAGUGUGAGUCAAGGAAUCAUGACCUAUGCCAACAGUGUGGUGUCUGACAUGAUGGUCUCCAUCAUGAAGACACUAAAGAUCCAAGUGAAGGAUACAACCAUUGCAACCAUCUUACUCAAGAAGGUUCUGAUGAGGCAUGCCAAAGAGGUAGUAUCAGACCUGAUCGACUCCUUUAUGAAGAACUUGCAUAAUGUCACAGGCACUCUUAUGACAGACACAGAUUUUGUCUCAGCUGUGAAGAGAAGCCUCUUCUCUCAUGGAAGUCAAAAGGCCACAGACAUCAUGGAUGCUAUGUUAGGCAAACUACACAGUGUGAUGUUGAAGAAGUCCAAUGAGCCAUGCAAAAAACCUCCUAAGGACAAGUCUGAGAGUCUCUCCCUAGUUUCUAUGAAAGGAGCAAUGAAUGACCCCAGACACAGAGGUAUGAAUUAUGCUUCAAUGAAAGCUGAAGCCAAAAUAAGGGAAAAACCCUGUACUCCCUGCCCAUCCAAGACAGAUAAGGAGAAGACCUGUGCUGAAACCCUGGGUGAACAUAUUAUCAAGGAAGGGCUGACUUUGUGGCAUAAAAAUCAUCAGAAAGAAACAAAAUCUCCAGGCCUCCAGCGUGCAUCCUUUGCAACCUCCAGCAGAUCUGUUGGUAAAUCGAACAUCAAAUUACCAGAAUGCCAUCCCACAACAACCUCCCCAGGCCCAAUUAACAUCAAUGCCCUCAGCUGCCAAGAGAGACAGGACAAUUUCCUGUAUAGUUCAGACACUUGGGCUAAAGACCUGAUUGUGUCUGCCCUGCUUCUGAUUCAGUAUCACCUUGCACAGGGAGGAAGUAUGGAUGCCCAGAGCUUUCUGGAAGCUGCUGGGACAACAACCAAGUUGGCAGCAGCCACACCUAAGUCCAACCAGAACUCUGAGCAGUCCAGCCUUGGGUCUUCUCGGUUGGGGGGCACCCAUGAAGAGGCUGAAAAAAAGGAUCUGAUGAGUGUCUUUUUUAAUUUCAUCCGGAAUUUACUUGGUGAGACUAUUUUUAAGUGUGAUGAUAGCAGUGAAGCAAAAGCACCCAGCCACCACAGUAAGGAAGAAGAAGGCUGCUUUCCUGAACCGACCCUGCCUAACUGUCCUCAAAAACAUUGUGGUGGUUUUGGUGGUGGAGGAGGAGGUGGUACUGGCGCCAUUGCUGGGCUGACCAAGAUGGUGGCUAACCAGCUGGAUGGUAACAUGAAUGGGCAGAUGGUGGAACAGUUGAUGGACUCAGUGAUGAAGUUGUGUCUCAUCAUUGCCAAGUCCUGUGACACUCCCUUGGGAGAUCUGGGAGAUGAGAAAUCUGGAGAUGCCAGCAGGCCGACUUCAGCCUUCCCAGAUAGCUUCUUUGAGUGCUUACCAGUCAAGGGCACUGGGACAGCUGAGGCCCUCUUACAGAAUGCCUAUCAAGCUAUCCAUAAUGAAUUAAGAGGUAUGUCAAUACAUCCUCCUGAGGGAACCAAUACACCCAAGGUGAUUGUCAGCAAUCACAACAUCGCUGACACCGUUCAGAACAAGCAACUCCAGGCCGUUCUCCAAUGGGUGGCAGCCUCCGAGCUCAACGUACCAAUUCUGUAUUUCGCUGGCGAUGAUGAGGGGAUCCAGGAGAAGCUCCUCCAGCUUUCUGCUGCUGCGGUGGACAAAGGUCGAAGCGUCGGGGAGGUCCUACAGUCAGUGCUCCGCUAUGAGAAAGAGCGACAGCUGGAUGAGGCAGUGGGGAAUGUCACUCGGCUGCAGCUACUGGACUGGCUGAUGGCGAACCUGUGA